CACUCUUAUUGUCCUUCUCCACUACGAAAUUUCACGAUAGCAGAGUAGGAAAAGUAGCAGCCGAGGGCAGCCAUGGCAUCUCCUACCUGUCCAGUGUGCAUUUCCGGUCGUCCGCUCGAAGCCUAAGGUACCCUAGUAUUCGAUUGUUGUACCCAGAAUCCCCAGAUUUCCCCAGAUGCAACAACAUCUUUAUCUCAGGAAUCUGGAGAACGCGCGUUCGGACUGUUCAUAUAUAAGCUCAAGGGCGACGCACGACAAUCUGUAGGAAAUUUCGCAACCUGCGGAUCUCAGCCAGCGACUCAAAUUUCUUCCACGGCAGUCUCCUCUUCUUUGUUCAUAAUGUCUGACUUGAAAUCGGUUCAAGAUGACAUCGCGUACAUCGCGCCUCGAAAGGGGUGGUUGUAUAAACGAGUCGGCCUAUUUGGCAUCAAACUGCCUCACUAUGCGUCCCCUAUUGUCCAAGUUAUACUCAUCUCAGUCAUUUGCUUCUUAUGUCCUGGCAUGUUCAACGCACUUAGCGGGCUUGGUGGUGCGGGUCAAGUGAACGCUGAUGUCGCAAACAAAGCGACCGUUGCGCUCUACUCUACGUUUGCGCCAGUCGCCUUUUUCGGUGGAACGAUAUGCAACAUGUUGGGAGUGAAGACGACUGUAAUUCUAGGAACCGUUGGAUAUCCGAUCUACGUCGGAUCAUUCCUAUCCUACAACUACAACCAGAAUGAGGCUUUCAAUAUCGCCGCAGGUGCAAUUGUAGGCCUCUCAGCUGGAUUGUUGUGGACAGCACAGGGUGCUAUUAUGAUGUCUUAUCCGACCGAGGGAGAGAAAGGCCGCUACAUCGGUAUUUUCUGGGCUAUCUUCAACAUGGGAGCCGUUAUUGGUGGUCUAGUUCCCUUGAUUCAAAACGUCCAUUCCACACAAAGCGCCGUCGGCAAUGGGACCUACAUCGGUUUCCUUGCGCUUACCGUGCUUGGAUUCGCCUGCGCAUUCACAUUGACAAGGACGAGCACAGUCGCCCGCAAAGACGGUUCCGGUAUUGAGGUCAUCGCGCAUCCUUCUUGGAAGGCUGAGCUCACCGGCUUAUGGCACGUUCUACGAACUGAACCACUGUUCGUCACUUUAUUUCCCCUGUUCUUCGCAUCGAACUGGUUCUAUACCUACCAAUUCAAUGACGUCAACUUGGCCCGCUUCAACAUCCGCACCAGAUCGCUGAACAACCUAAUGUACUGGCUAGCCCAAAUCAUCGCUUCCGCACUCUUUGGCUAUCUCCUCGACUUGAAGCAGUUCCAACGACGCACGCGCGCUUUGGCCGGCCUUGGAGCGCUCUUUGCCAUAACCAUGGUCAUCUGGGGCUGCGGAUACGAGUUCCAGAAAGGUUAUACUCGCGAGAGCGUUGCCAGCGGCGAAACGAAGCACAUCGAUUGGACUGAUAGCAACUUCCCCGGCCCGUUUGUUCUGUAUUGGUUCUAUGGAUUUUUCGAUGCAGUCUGGCAAACAUACGUGUACUGGUUAAUGGGUGCAUUGACAAACUCAAGCGGCCGUCUCGCAUACUUCGCAGGCAUGUACAAGGGUUUGCAGUCAGCAGGUGCCGCCAUCAUGUAUCGCCUCGAUAGCUUGGAACACCCCUAUAUGGCCUUGUUCUUGAGCAACUGGAUCAUGCUGCCUGCGAGUCUGUUGUGCACGCUACCCGUGGUUUUGAUGAAGGUCAAGGAGCACAGUAUUGACUUGGACGUUGUGGAGUCAAGGCCUGAGUUGGAUGAGAAGCCCACGACAGAUGAGAUUGCAUGAACAUCCGUGACUCCUUGCAUGCGCAAGCAAUGUAGUGUACAUACCUGAGACUAUCCG